CCCUAUCCAUUAGGCUCUGGACCAGGAGUGAGUGGUGCACUGGUUCUCCCAGUGCACACACAUAGACACACACUGGCAGCCAUGCCUCAAAGAUACUCCCACCAGAGGAGGAAAGCCAGCACAGCUGCUGCGAGGAGGAUUGAGAGGAGAAGCAGGGACCAGCAGAAGACUAAGAACAACAACCCAAACAGCAGCCAUAACCACCGUUCCAAGAAGCUCGCCAUGCUCUCCAGGUCGUUGAUUCUGUGUCACUCUAAGACCAACGAUGACUGCCCCAGUUCAGAAGGGAAGGAGACAGGCGGGAGGGAAGUGUCAGAGGAGAGAAGGACAUUGAGUUCAGGCUGGAGGACACAUUUGGCCACGGAGGAUGAAACAGGAUACAGGGAUGUAGCAAUUGGACACUGGUGGGCACAGCAAUCAACCUUGGAGACAAGAGGAGGCACACUGGCUGACACACAGCUGCUUCACACCACCCCCUUAAGUGAAAAUAAAAAGAGCUUGCGGAAAUCCUUUAACAUCAAGGAGAGCAGUAUUUGGAAGAUGUGUGUAGCCACAAGGCCAACAGAGGAGGUGUGCAUACCACAAAUGGCAGACGACUGCGGCCAGACAGAACAUAAUGUGGAGCCAAGAAGAAAUGGAGGGGACGCAUACAGAGGUCCCAACUUCCUUAGCCAAGACAAGCUGGCACCUUUUAACGGACAGUGUUUGAGCAGCAGUGCGUGGAGGGAAGAGGGUGGAACAAGAAGCAUGCAUAAUAGCGCUUAUAGAGAGCCAUUUUCACCGUGUGAAGACUCUCUCCGUCCGCAUAUACUGACCACAAGCCUACAACAUCCAUCUCUCAUUUCCACGUCACAUCAGCUAUCAUUGCCUGCAUACAUAGACAAAGAACCUAUGGCCAACAACAACCAUCUCAAGUUGCCUAUUUCAGAGGUCAAUGAAGAAAGUUGCGGGGAGACAGAACCAUGUCAGCAGAGCCCACCAGGACAGAUGAGCAGCAAUAAGACACACUCCAUUCCACAUAGCGUUCAUCCUUACUGGAUUGGGGAUUUGGACAGCAUCAUUAUGAAGAACCCUGACAUGUAUACCAAUGACCCACAUGGGAAUGGUCAGUUGUAUGGGAACAGAACUUCCCUAUCCCAGCAACUGGACUUUUUACACAAUUCACAUCAGCCUGUUCGCCCAUUGCGCUCUCUGAGCUCUGCCCAGCUGGCCAAUUCCUUCAGCAAAACUCAAGCCUUCAUUAUCUGUAACAUUGUGUUGAUGAAGGGCCAUGGCAAGGGUCUGGGCUUCAGUAUCGUCGGUGGGAGAGACAGCAUGUAUGGACCAAUGGGGAUUUAUGUCAAGACAAUUUUUUCUGGUGGAGCGGCGGCUGCUGAUGGAAGACUACAAGAGGGUGAUGAGAUACUGGAGCUCAAUGGGGAGUCGCUGCAUGGUUUGAGUCACGAUGAUGCCCUCCACAUGUUCAAACAGAUCAGAAAGGGUCUAUUGACUCUGGUGGUGAGGACUAGCCUGCGAGUGGGGGCCUUGUGUGGCCAGGCCCAGGUAGUGCAGCUGUGCCGAUCACGCUCACUCAGCUCCACCACCAGCAUGGCUAGAAUCAGUGAGGACCUGGGAGAUUACAACUACAAAGUUUGUAACAAUUCCAGAGUUACUGUUCCUUGUUCACCUGCUAAACCAGGAGACCGCAUCAUGAUGGAGAUCAUUCUGCAGAAAGAAGCCAGUGUUGGUCUUGGUAUUGGACUGUGCUGUGUUCCAUCCACUGACGGAUGUCCUGGAAUCUACAUACAUACCUUAUCGCCCGGAUCUGUGGCACACAUUGACGGAAGACUUCAGUGUGGGGAUGAAAUCAUGGAAAUCAAUGACACUGUGGUUUACAGCAUGGUACUGAAUGACGUCUACACAGUCCUGAGCCAAUGCGCACCAGGUCCAGUUCAGAUUAUCAUCAGUCGACACCCUGACCCCAAAGUAUCAGAGCAUCAGCUGAAUGAUGCUAUAGCUCAAGCUGUGGAAAACAGCAAACUGAGAAAGGACAAGAGCCAAUGGAGUAUUGAUGGAUUGCGAAGGUUGGAGUCGUGCUCUCAUGGCCGGCCGAGAUGCCAACUUUGUUUGGAAAGGAGCUUCAGUCACGUCACAGCUCGUCGAGUUCAAAAGUCCUUGACUCGCCCCUGCAGUGACAACACCAACAACCACCACCACAACCUGGACCUCAACAGCCACAACUUUCCCAGCACACGUCAUAACCCAACAGCCCGUGUCUACAGCCUAGACACACCAAAGUCAAUGACAGAGACAUGGUCUGACAACAGAUUGUCUGUGCCUGUGUAUGCUGACGAUGACUACAAUGUUCCAUUUAACUCUCCUGUUGCCAUGUCCAGUCAGAAGACCCUGGAUGAGGCAUUCAGGGGCAAUAAGGAAGAAGAACAAAUGAGAAAACAGUCAGAGAGGAGCAGAGAAGACUUCACUUUGGAGGCCGAGCUGCACACAGGUGGAUCAUCAUCUGAGCGUUGCUCACAGUCAAAAAGAGGAGCUUUUAGGAGGCAGGCACAAAUUGGACACGAGCUUCAGGAUCCCUGGAUUCGCCUUGGGGACAGUUCCCCUGAAGAUUUUAAAGAAGUCAGCGACCUACCCCCCUUUCUCCAUCACCCUGCAGACAGUGCUCAACCAGUCAGUCUCUACCUUAAGCCUGUUACAAUGAAAAAUGAAGAGAACAUGCCAGAUCUGAAUUGCAGUGCUGCUGACGGGGCCUCAGAUUAUUUGUCUAACCUCCCCACUGAAGAUAAAUGUGAGAUCUCCACAGGAUCAAAAAAGGGGCCUCCAGUGGCACCCAAGCCUGCUGGCUUUCGCCAGAGCCUGAGAAAAAUUCGACAUGAGCAAGACCAGAAGGGGCAGUGUGAAUCUGGAAAACCAAGGCAUGCUGUAGGCUUCUAUAGAAGCUUCAAUAUGAGAUUUGCCUCAUCUGUUGCCAACCUGUCCAUUAAAGACAAAAUCCAUUCAUUUGAGACUUUUUCAACUCCAGACAGUCCAAAGAAAGUGGACAAUAAGAGGCAUGUAGUCCCAUCUACCUCGUUUCCUCUGACGGAGAGCGAUUUAGACCGAAAAUAUGGAAGAAACCAAAAUGACAUCCCACAAGAAAUCCAGGCAAACCAGUCUGCAUUUUCUGUGGUAACAGACACAUCCGUGUCCCCCUCUUCUAUACCAUCGCCCAAUCUAGAAACUAGUGGGACAAAAAACAUUCCCAAGGCUGAGUUUCAAUCUAGCCAGUCAUCUAUCGAUCAACUGCCUUCUCAGACAGAUCCGGAAUCUGGAACAAUAUUUUCAAAUUCAGUUUCAGCCCAAAAUGCCUCGACUAUCCUACCAGCCGGAGAAUUGCUAAUUACUCCAGUAGCAGAUUUACAGAAAGUCGAUGUCAGCGGGUCUGCGGGGUCAAAAGCCUUCUCCACUCCAUGCCUCACCUCUGUGGGAUCCAGACAUGCCAAAGGGGGGAGUUCUCCAGAAAUGACAGAAGAGGAUAAAGGAGAGAAUCAAAGAGAACAUUGUAACUUGACCACAAGUGACAGUCUGUCGACAGACAGUACCGCUUAUCGAGGCCUGGAAGAAGAAAAUUUUGGUAAAAUCCUUGCCUUUAGUAACCAGGUAUCGCAAGCAUUGAUGCGGACCCUUCCCAUGCCGACUGACCACGGUCUGGUCUGUGACUCCCCAAACCUUUCAGAGUUCACUGCUGUAGCUGUAAUAAACCCUCAUGAGUGUGAUCCCAUUUCAGAUGUCACUGAUACAGGAUUUUCUAUUAGUUUGGCCACUCUCAGAGCUUGUACCAUUAAGUUGGGGGAGGGAGGACCCCCCCAAGAAGAAGUAGUUCCCUCCACUUGUGCACAGUCAGUCAUCUCAGCCAUCCCAUCAGCGGAAGUACAGAUGAUGAUCAAAGAAGUCAGAGCUCUGGACGAAGAUUCGCUGAAGCAACUACAAGACAUCCAUGUUGUGAUUCUGCAUAAGGAGGCGGGAGCUGGAUUGGGCUUCAGCAUUGCUGGAGGCUGUGACCGGGAGAACAAAGCUCUUACAGUCCACAAAGUGUUUCCCAGCGGCCUUGCCACACAAGAGGGCACUAUCCAGAAAGGAGACGAGGUGCUGUCUAUAAACGGCCAAGCACUCCGUGGCGUCACGCAUGCGGAUGCCAGUGCGGUACUGCGUCAGGCCCGCGCUCUAGAACUUGCUGUGGUGGUUGUCUGCAAGAGAUCAGAGGAACGGAGAGAAGGCAGGAGUGAGGAGUCCAACUUUGGAAUGGAGGAGCCAGGUACUUUGAUAAGUGUGGAGUUGAAGAAAGCUGCAGGUGGAUUUGGCUUCACUCUGGAGGGAGGAAAGGGUUCAAUACAUGGAGACAGACCUUUAUUCAUCAACAGGAUCUUUAAAGGUGGAGCAGCAGAGCAAUGCAAUCUUCAGUGUGGCGAUGAGGUGUUGCAAGUCCAGGGUACCAAUUUUCAGGAUAUGACACGCUUUGAGGCCUGGAACAUGAUCAAGGUUUUACCUGAUGCGUCCAUCACGGUGGACAUCAGGAGGAGAAACACAACCACUUGAAGCUCUUACACAUGAAGAGGACCAACACACAACAAUGUUGUAUUGUAGCCAUCAAACUCAUGGAAACCACAUAGCAGCAGAGGUGCCAAGUAACAAAGUACAAAUACUUUAUGACUGUACUUUAGUCGAUUUUUCUGGUAUCUGUACUUGUGUAUUUAUUGUUCAAAUAUCUGUACUUUCUAAUCCUUACAUUUUAAAAUUGAGCUUGUUAAUUUCUAAGGUUAGCCACAACACAGUGUAAAAGAAGGGAUGUGUAGCGAUGUGAGUAUUGCCCAUGUUUCGCCCGUGUCAAAAACACUGCCUGAUCAAAAAAAUUAAAGUGAUCAUUCAAUCUGGCGUGUGUGAGGGGGUCUUAGUGGUUUCUCCCAAAACAAUGUAUUUUGCGGAACCGAUCGAUGAUCGGCAAAUUAUGACAUUAAAGCCGAUCAGCAUACAAUGCUAAUUAUCGGCUGAUACCGAUCAGGCCGAUCAGUUCGGUGUAAAGUCUAAUACUAUAGAACGAUUUAUUUCUUGCAUUGAGUGAAUAAUGCUGAGGAUAAACUUACCGCCCAAAAUCGCAUUCUAAAUUGCAGUCGCAAUAUUUGUAAAAAUAAAUCAAUAAAUUGCAAUUACAGUAUUUUCCCAAAUCGUUCAGCCCUAGUCCUGAUUGAUGAUCAGGGAGUUUUAAUUGGGCCCACACUGUUUCAGGCUUAUUGGCUUCAAGUGACAAGGACUGGCUAAGUGUGGCUAAAAGCUUUAGCUAUAAAUACACGUGAUGUUGCGGCUAACUGCACACGAGUGUGGCUUGGAGAUUCUUAUACUGUUUAGCCACAUUAGCAAAAAGGUCUCGUGACACAUUGCCCACCCUGCAAUUGGGAAAACAGUCAACCUGUUCCAGCGUUAGUUUUUAUUUUAUUUUUUUUUUAAAUAGACCUUAAGUCCUAUAUAACGGGUAUCUUCCAAGGGCGGGCAUUGUCUCACAUACGCCGCCGCCACAGACUGUCCAUGGUCAGUAUUGUAGAAAGCUAGAUUGUUGAAGUGUGGCUCGCUUGCAGUAUUAUGUCACCUUUCAGCAUUAACAUAAGAUUUCAAACACAUUUCAUGAGUCAACUAAAUGUUUGAAAUAAAUCUAGCUUUUUGACUUUUAACUAUUUACUGUAUUUAACUUUAUUUCAAUAGUACAAAUACAUUUUCAUUUAAGCCGACCUGUUUUUGUGUUGUCCAUUGUUGACCUCAGAAAAAGCAUGCCAAGCAUCCAGAAAAAUCCCUCUAUGCUUUUUAUUAUUGGGCUGGAAAAUAACAAUUUUUUAAACGUAAGUACAUUUAUGUGGGUACUUUUGUACUUGUACAUAAGUAAAGGGGUGGCUUCAGUUUACCAGAGUUGUUUUUUGCACAAGUAUCAGUACUUUGGACGCCUCUGCGUAACAGUUUGUCAGCAUCUACUAUCUGCAAAGACAUCUUACUGUAAUUUAUUUCCCAUUACUAUCGUCCCUGCAAAGUUAUGGGACGACUCAGGAGUUAGUCCCGGUCCUUCUCAGUUAUGUACCUCAACAUCUCAUUGAAACUUUCAGGAAUUAUUGAUUCAUUUCAAAUAAUGAAUCUUGAUGUUGUAUAAUGACUUGUUUCAUAAAUAUUCCUGUUGCGUGUUUAGCCCUUUAUCAGUCCCAAUUUACAAUGUAAUAAAUUUCAGGGACUGUUAAUAUAUAUAAAACAAAGUGCAUUAUUUAUUAAAUACAUUCACAUUUGAAAAAAUAUCUGAUGAACCACAUGGGGGGGGGGGGAAAUGGCAAUGUUGUGGAAACAAAAAUUACUGUUUACUGUACUAAAGCAGGCCUACUUUUGUUUCCUUGUUUUUAAAUGCUUUCAAUCAUGUAAAGCACAUUGAGUUACCUUGUGUAUGAAAUGUGCUAUAUCAAUAAAUCUGCUUUGCUUUUG